CUGGAACUCCAUUUCCCGACAGCACCCGCGGUGAGACGUGACCCAGCACGCACCGCGGCUUUGAGAGGAUGAGGCCAAGAUGGCGACGAAAGCUAGUACAGAGGGCCCUCCUCCUUUUGAUUGUCCAUCAUGGGGAGGCAAGCCACCCGUCGGGCUCCACCUCGACGUGAUGAAAGGAGACAAACUGAUCGAGAAACUGAUCAUCGACGAAAAGAAAUUCUACUUGUUUGGCCGCAAUCCGGACUGGUGCGACUUCACCAUCGACCAUCAGUCGUGCUCGCGCGUCCACGCCGCCCUGGUCUACCACAAACAUCUGAAGAGGCUCUUUCUUAUCGACCUCAACAGCACCCACGGCACCUUCCUGGGGCACAUCCGCCUGGAGCCGCACAAGCCCCAGCAGGUUCCCAUCGACUCCACUCUGUCUUUCGGGGCGUCCACGCGCACGUACACCAUCCGAGAGAAGCCCCAAAGCCAGGGAGCCGCCGGCAGCGGGGACAUUAAAAUCGGCGACGAGGACGAGCUGAAAGGGCUUCUCGGCCUGCCCGAGGAGGAGACGGAGCUGGAGAACCUGACCGAGUUCAACACGGCCCACAACAAGCGCAUCUCCACGCUGACCAUCGAGGAGGGCAACCUGGACAUCCAGAGGCCCAAGAGGAAGAGGAGAAACUCCCGCGUCACUUUCAAUGACGAGGACUCCAUCAUCAAUCCGGAGGACAUCGACCCUUCGGUAGGACGCUUUCGGAACAUGGUGCAGACGGCCGUGGUCCCCAUCAAGAAACGUCGCUCCGAGGGCCACAACACGUUGGGCCUCGACGACUUUGCGUCCAAGCGAGUGCACGGAUACUCCCUGAGCGGCGGUCUCUACGGCGACCUGCCCCCCACCAGCCACGAAACGCAGCCCACGGGAGCCCCGGGUGGCGCCUCCAUGCAGGGCGGCCUCCCCUUGCCCUUCCCCAACCCGGCCCCGGAGGUGGACCUGGCCCCCGAGGCUCCCCGACGCCCCGUCACCCUGGCCCCCGCCCCGGUCACGGUGCCCUACCUCCCAGAGACGCACAACGAGCCGCGCAAAAAGAAGUACGCCAAAGAAGCGUGGCCGGGCAAGAAACCCACGCCGUCGCUACUCAUCUGAGACGCUUGCCCCCCCCUGACCCCCCACCUGCUGACUCUCGAGUACCGGUGGGGCGACGCCACUCCCUCCUCACGUCUUAUUUUAGCGCCCAAGGAGCUGCGUACGAGCAAGAUAACGAGACAAGAGUUGGAGCCACCGUUGGAAGCGUCACAUUUGUUUCUUCUACGUUUUCCACUUGUUUUACACUCUUUUCCAUGUUUUUUGCAAAUGCUAUUAAUAAAUGGCAAAAGGAUAUUUUUA